AUGGCAUCAACCAAACCCCUUCUAGUGAUAGGUUGUACACCUAUUUACGGACACAUUAUGCCCAUCCGCUCAAUCGCCAAACUUCUCGUCGCCCGCGGCUACGAAGUGACAUUCGUGUCCGCAACGCAUUUCCGACCUGCCCUCGAAGAAAUCGGAUGUGACUAUGUCUCCAUUGAAGGCUACGGCGAUUUCUACGAAGGGGACUUCGAAAGUCGCUUCUCAGAGCGAUUUGCACUACCUCAAGGCCCAGUACAGCUUGCUUAUGAUAUGGAGCACGUAUUCCUGAAGGUCAUUCCUUCACAACACGUUGCUAUGCAAAGGGCGAUCAAGAAGGUGUCGGAAGCGAACCCUGGGAGAUCGAUCGUGCAGAUUGCGGAGAGUGUUUUCCAAGGCGGUGUUCCUAUCACGCGAGGUGCGCCUGGUAUCAAGCCUACAGCCAGUAUAGGUAUUGGUAUCGUUCCCAUGCUUCUGUCCAGUAUCGAUCUGCCGCCUUUCGGUCCAGGGCUUCCUCCGGACUCGUCACCGGAAGGCCGUGAGAGGAAUGUUGCUAUGCAGAAACAAACGUGGGAUAUGUUCUUCCUUGAUGUGUUGAAGUGCUGGAAAGACAUGAUGGCUGAGGUUGGGGCUGAUAUGGACGACACAAACCCCUUCGAUGCGAGCUACCUUGUGCAUGAUCGCUUCAUUCAGAUGUGCAUCCCGUCCGCUGAGUAUCUCCGUAGUGAUGCGCCAGAUAGCAUUCGUUUUGGUGGUGGACUGCCAAAAGGCUCAAGAGAUCCAAUGAAAGACCCUCCCUCUUGGUGGAGCGAGGUAGUGGACAACAUAGAGAAGAAGGACAUCAUCUUUGUUUGUCAAGGGACUUUAGCGUUGAAUUACGACGAGCUCAUUAUCCCAACAAUCGAGGCUCUCAAAGAUCGUCCAAAUACGCUACUCAUUGUAGCACUCGGAAAGAAGGGAGCUUCACUUUCAGCAGAGAUCUCGGUUCCCGCGAACACUCGCGUAAUCGACUUCAUCCCCUUCGAUGAAAUCCUACCGCAUUGCGCAGCAUUCGUCACGAAUGGUGGAUAUGGAGGGUUCCAACACGCCAUUAGCAAUGGCACACCGAUCAUCACUGCAGGUGCAGGUGAGGACAAGCCAGAGGUGUCUGCUAGGGCUGAGUGGUCUGGUAUGGGGUUCAACUUGAAGACUCCCACGCCAACUCAUGAGGCGAUUCUGAAUGCCGUGGAUGAGGUAACCUCAAACCCGAAGUACAAGAAGAGGGCGAAAGAGAUGGAAGCUGAAAUGGCGACAUUCGAUCCCAUUGAGAUUAUCGUGAACAAUAUCGAGGAGCUCGUUGCUGAGAAAUCUGUCGUUUGA